CCUCGCAGCGCCUCGGGAACCGCCGGCCCCUGCCGCCCGCCCGCGAAGAUGGAGCAAACCUGUGAUGAUAUAGAUGAAAUGUUCAGCAAUUUGCUUGGGGAGAUGGAUAUGCUGACCCAGAGUUUAGGAGUGGAGACUGUACCACCUCCAUCCCCCAAAGAGUCCAACGACCAAUUCAGCUUUACAGUUGGUUUUAAAGAUUUAAAUGAAUCCUUAAAUGCCCUAGAGGACAAAGACCUGGAUGCUUUAAUGGCUGAUCUUGUAGCAGACAUAAAUGAGGUUGAACAGAGAACUUUACAAGCACAGAAAUCUUCUUGCAACCAGCAAAGUACAGUCGCUCAGCCUUCAACAGGCUUGGAUAGUGACAUUUGUUCUAAAUCAAGUCUCUAUGUUACCAUUACUGGACAGUCUGGGGAUGACCUGCCCCCUCCACCUCCAGACCCUGAUUUAGACCUUCCACCACCACCUCCUCCACCUCCUUCUGAGCCACUUACCCAGGAAGAACGAGAGGCACGGGCCAAAGCUGACAAGAUUAAACUUGCAUUAGAGAAACUGAAGGAAGCCAAAGUUAAAAAGCUCGUUAUCAAGGUGCACAUGUACGAUAACAGCACAAAGUCCCUGAUGGUGGAUGAACGUCAGGUGACACGGGAUGUUUUAGACAAUCUCUUUGAGAAAACCCACUGCGACUGCAACGUCGACUGGUGUCUGUAUGAAAUGUACCCAGAGCUGCAGAUUGAAAGGUUUUUUGAAGACCAUGAAAAUGUUGUUGCAGUGUUAUCAGACUGGACUCGAGACACUGAGAAUAAGAUUCUGUUUUUGGAGAAAAAGGAAAAAUAUGCUUUAUUUAAAAAUCCCCAGAAUUUCUACCUGGCAAACAAAGGGAAGAAUGAAAGCAAAGAAAUGAAUGAUAAAAACAAAGAGGCUUUACUGGAGGAAAGCUUCUGUGGGACAUCUGUCAUUGUGCCAGAGCUUGAAGGGGCCCUUUAUUUAAAAGAAGAUGGAAAAAAGUCCUGGAAGAGGCGUUAUUUUCUUCUACGAGCUUCUGGAAUUUAUUAUGUACCCAAAGGAAAAACCAAGACAUCACGGGAUCUGGCAUGCUUCCUUCAGUUUGAGAAUGUGAAUGUGUAUUACGGUUAUCAACACAAAGUGAAAUACAAGGCGCCUACAGACCACUGCUUUGUCUUAAAGCACCCCCAGAUUCAGAAGGAGUCACAAUAUAUCAAGUACUUGUGCUGCGAUGAUCGAGCAACCCUGCAUCAGUGGGUAACAGGAAUAAGAAUUGCCAAGUAUGGCAGAACACUCUAUGAUAAUUACAAAUGUGCAGUGAAGAAAGCUGGCUUGUCCUCCCUGUGGGCGAAUCAAGGAACAGCGGAACCAGCUGCCCCUGCGGGAUCCUCAUCAGCAGGUACCAAUGCUGUCACAGCAGCUGAAGCCCAGGCAGUACCCUGCGGGUCAGGGCAUUUUACACAUCCACUGACUGUGUCUGUCCUUUUAUUUUUCUGCUUAUUUAAGGCUAACUCAAGUAACAUCAGUGCACCUGGCAUGGCACAGUCAUUGCUGAGGCCACAGUCAGUCCUGAUUAAGAGGAACUCACUGCAGCCUCCUCCUCCACCUGAAAGGCGAUCAUCUGCUAUUUCUGCUUCACCAGUUCUACCCCCCAAAGUGAAACGAGACAGCGGCAUUUUCCUAACAGAUCCAGAGAGCUUUCCAGCCCCACCACCUACACUGAUGAUUGAUUUUCCACCGCCACCACCGUCUGAUUUCUGUGACCCACCUCCUGAUUUUGUGCCUCCACCACCACCAGUCUCCAGCAGCAGUAAUGGAGACCUACCAGUGCCCCCUCCACCUCCACCUGUCUCCAGUAAGCCGCCACCACCUCCAGCAAAGAAACCUGUGCCUCUUCCUCCAAAAAGGCUAGAAAACACAGGAGCAGAUGGAGAGCCAAGGUCAGCUGGGCCACCUCCCACUGGAGCUGGAGGCAGGCAAGCAGAUUUCAUGUCUGACCUAAUGAAAGCUCUUGAGAAGAAGAGAGGCAACAACUCCUGAACUCUGGGAGCAGGUGGACUUUAAGACAUAGCUGGUUUUGUGAGGCAUCAUAGAAGUGCAUGCUGGAUCAGGCUCUUCCAGGAGGAAUUCUCCUUCAGAGUUCCUUUUGGGGAUCUCAAGAAGGUGGGGUGCCCUUUGUCCCCCUCUUUGUCUCUAGAGCCUGCUCCUUCCCCCCCUACAUCUCACCACCCCCUGUUCUUGACUCCCAUUCCUGCACCAGGCCAAGGUAAGAAUUGACUGGAGAGUCUUGCUUCACUCCACAAGGACAGCCAGGGAUGGUGGAGCAGCACUCCAGAGCCAGACAGCAAGUGAAAUGCAUCUUCUGUGGCUGCCUCUCUAGUGGAGCUGGAGCUAAAGGAAAAAUACAACAAUGUUCUCAUGUGAAUUUUGAGAAGCGGGAAGAUCCCUUUUCACAGAAUUGCCCUUAAAGGUUCUUUAUUGAAAAACCCCCCGCCUAUGGGGAUGUUUUUUCCAAUAAAAAGACCCUCUUGAAAAAUGUUUUAAAUAGUCUGUCUUAAAAACUAAAACCUCAGCUAGAUUAUUCUGAGAUGCAUGUCAGGGCCAGGACCAUUUCCAGACAGUGUCACCCCAAAUGUUACACACUCCUGUUUCUAUAUGUAACUCAGUCAUACCUGUCAGCAUUUUCAGCUGCUGCCUUGAAAUCUCAUUUAUUUGGUUAACCUUAGACAAAUAAAAAUGUUUAUUUUGAAAUCAUGUAUGCUUCCCUUGGUAAGCAGGAUUUUUCUUCUGUUGGUUAACAUUUGUCUUCAAACUCUACCUAGAAAUAAUCUGUCUUGUGAAAGACUUUGUAAUUAUCUUGUACCUGAAAGGAAUGUCUCCUCCUACAAUUUUUUCAUUUGUUCUCCCCAUUUAAUUGUCCAUUGUUCAUUUAGGAAGCAUUCAUUGUUAGUUCUCAAAUAAAAAUAGCUUCUAUUUUACAUCUGCA